CAUUAAAAGACGGUUUAUAACUGAAGCUGAAUUAGAUGAAAGACGCAAACAAAGACAGGAAGAGUGGGAAAAGGUUCGUAAACCUGAAGAUCCAGAAGUAACUUUGCUGUUUGAGGAGUGAGCUGUUUGAAAGUGGGUUACAUCAUUUAUCGUGGAGGAAGAACGAACCUGUUUCCGGAAUGAACAGCCAUCAUUCACAGAACAUCAUUUUCAAAAAGCAUUGGUUUGAACCCCUCUUGUUUUUUAUAAUGUCAGUAAUGACAUUCAUCAACAGUUAUAAAUGGACUGUUCCCUGUUUUAAGAGCAAUUGCCUCAUACAGUUUUUCUAAUCCUGUCCCAGAAUAAAUAGUAGCCCUGUUACCUACUCUUCUGAGUUACUAAAAAAUAUGGAGCAUGGAGGAAAAAAUAUGGAUUUGACAGUGUGCAAUAUUUUACAACUAAGGAGCUGCGGUUUAUAAAGCCAUAAUACAGAUGUGAGCCGAUGGAUACUGUCACAAGAAAUUGCAGUGAGUGGAUAUGAUAUGUUUCACAGCUUCUUCUCCAACAUUAAGUAAAUAAAAUAAAAAAGAAUUGAAGAAAAAUCUUAACCACUAAGGAGCAUAAAAUACCUUUGUUCCUUCUAGACUUCACUAUUCAAACCUAAUCUCAGCUAUCCAUGGUCCACUCUCUAACAUUGAGGUCAAUCAUAAUUCUGCUGCCCAUCUCCUAAUGUGCACCAGGUUCAAUUCCGCCUAUGCUUGGCUGCCAACCUUGGCUCCAGAAUGCCCAGAGCAGGUCUAUGAUCCUCGAUCAUUAUAUGAAAGGCUUCAAGAGCAGAAGGAUAAGAAACAAGCUGAAUUCGAGGAGCAGUUUAAAUUCAAAAAUAUGGUAAGAGGCCUCGAUGAGGAUGAAACAAACUACCUUGAUGAAGUUUCUAGGCAACAGGUGCUCUUAGAGAAGCAACGCAGGGACGAAGAUGCUAAAGAGUUGAAAGAAUAUAGAAGUGCUCGCACAAAACUUGCAGCAAAUACUGAAUCUAAAAAAGACACUGAGAAGAAAGCUGCUAAACCAGCAGAAAACAAGAGCAAGUUCUCUCAAGCAAAGCUGUUAGCCGGAGCUGUAAAACGCAAAAGCUCGACAAGCUCUGAAAUGGUUAAAAAACAGAAGGUGGAUAACAUUGACAGAAGUGAUCAUGAUGAUGAUGACCGCUGCAAUCCAGCAGAGUCUGAUUUCUUAACUGGCACAGCAAUCCAGCAUCCUUCAGCGAGUGUGUGUGUCGGAAUUCUCCCUGGCCUUGGUGCCUACUCGGGGAGCAGUGACUCGGAUGCAGAGUCCAGCUCGGACAGUGACAUUAUCAUCAACACUGGAGGUCGAAUUAUCUCUUCGGUCUUUCGUUCCCACCCUUUUCCCGAAAGCCCGUGAAGUGAAAUAUUCAAGGCAGUGUUUUAUUUGUGUAGGGUGGUUUGUAACAUGCAGGCUCCUGCAUAAAAUGGUAUAGAAAAGGUUUGUGUUUGGCUUCUCCACCUCUGGCAGCCAUGUGUGAAUAUAAAAGUUCAAAUCCCCAUUCAAAAUCUGAUUGGAUAAUGCAGCAGGCCACUGCACAGUUAACUGUACAGAGGUGAGUGCCUUUGGACUUGAAUCCAAGGGCGAGAUAUGUUGUUGAAUAUUGUCAACAUUUUAAGUGUAAAUAAUUCUUUUUACACUCGCAUGCUUAAAUGAUACAGCUAGUUGUAAGUUAAGACAAUAGAACUGGUAGCCAUAUUUUGGCUGUUAAUGUACAGCUAUGAAUAAGAUGGAUACCUGUGUGUAUCAUUGUUGAUGGCCAAUAGCCAUUUAAGAAGUAAAUAAAUUCUCCGUCAGUCCCCA